UCUUAAUAAGAGAGAACUUUGCUACUAUUGGGAGGAAUAGUACUAUUCAAAAAAUAGUGCCCAGGGUAUUUUGGUAAUUUUGGCUUCAUUUGUGGGUUUUAAAAAAAAAACAGAAUUGUGCUUUAUCUUUAUCUCCAUAGAUUUUUCUUUUUCACUUUCUACUACCUGCGUUUACAGCUCCACAGCAAAAAAACAAGAGAUUUCCUGUCAGUAUUUUCCGGUGAAAGUGCGAAAUCUGAUCAUAAUCCAACAAAAAAUCAUAUUAGACAAAUCCAUUACACCAACAAAACAAGGAGGUGAGCUUUGAUUUCUGCACCCUGCUUUUAUCAUUUUCUUUUUUAUAACCCUAGAAUUUUUACAUGAAACUGAGCUCAGAAUAACGCAAUCGAAUUAGUCUUGGGGCUGGGUUUCUUGCUUUGUUGUUUGCUUUGAGGGUGCCAAUCGGGAACAUCGAGUCUUGGUUGAGUUUGAGCUAAGUUGUGGCUCAGCUUCUUGUGUCUUUGUCUGCGUUGAGCUAAGUAGUUUCUUGCUUUCUUAGCUGCUGAUAGUCCGGCUGAGGUGAGGAGAGUGGGUCGACGAUCGGGAACAACAGUGAGGUCUACGUGAACAAACUAUUUUCUGGUUAUUCAUUGGAAAUUAAGAAAAAAGGGGAAUUAAGAAGAAGAAGAAGAAGGAUUUGGGGUUGAGUUUUACUCUUUAUUGCAAAUAUGAAACGUAUAAAGAGAUAUGAAGGUGUGAGAGGGGGUGGGUAGAGAGAGAAAGAGAGUUCCAAGGUAGAGAGAGGAAAUUGUGGGUGCAAGUGUGCAGAAAAGAAACGCAUAUGGAGUAUAUUGUGUGGAUUUUGAAUAUGACUCUAUAUUUAAUUGAUAAUAAUAAUGUAUGGUUGAGCUUGAUCAUGGGUUUUGCUUUCUUAUGAUCUCCUACAUUUUUUUUUCUUUCUAAUUUUGUGCUUUUUUUUCCUUUAGUAUUUCUACUACAAGAAAGCUAUUACGCCUAUCCAAAUUUAACGGUGCGCUUGGUUUUUGUUCUAUUUUUAUUUGUGUUGUGAUCUAUGUCUUAAUGUGUUUUUGCACUCUUUUAUUAUAUUUUAAAGUCAUGUCGCAAUAUUGUUUCUUCAUUAUAGUUAUUGUUUUGAAGUUUAGAGAAUGGGGUUCUAUUCUAGGACUAGGAGCAGAUUGGGUUAUUGCCGUUAGCCUGUAGGUUUUUUAAGGAUUCGUUACUUUGUGUUAUACGAGAUUAUUAUUUUCGAUUUCUGGUUUUCGACGGGCGCCCUGAGGGUCCACUUGUCUUUGCUCCGAUCAAAUUUGUUUGCUGGAAAACUUUCAUCCAUUUAUUGCAACUUCGGUAAGUCGCUGCCCUGCUUUGAUCUCAUAAUAGUAUUUUUUGAGUUUCAUUUUCUUUUCAUAUUUCAUUAUAUCACCAGUUAAAUUACUGACUUCUCAUGUGUCAGGACUUUGAUGCAUUUUUUAGAUGUAUUAUUAUGGCAAAAAGAAGAUGUGUACUUUCAACGGAAGGUUACUUACUGUUGAGCUUUCUGUGUGUUUUUAUUUUAUUUUAUUGUAACUCAUUUGUAUCACUUGCACACUUACCUUUAUUUAUUUUGUGUUUUUGUAUGGGAAUUUAAAUUAUUAUAUAAUGCAUGUUGCCAGCUGUGUAGUCACACCUACUAUUUACUUUCCAAUUCUUUGUUGCUAUUUAAUUUCCAAUUCUUUGUUGCUUUUAUCUGUUUUGAUGCAAAUUUAAUAUUAUUUUUGUGUUCAAAUGGCUCAGACGGCCCUGUAACAACUUGAAGACGUUUAUGUUUUAGUUUACCUCCCCCGUCUGCAAAUGAUAUGGCUAUGCCAAUUAUCUUUGGCCAUGAGUGUUCACAUGCUCUAACUACUCAGUCGAGAAGUUUGCAAGAUAAGACUUCGAAAAAAAGAAAGAGGCAUGUUCUCGUUGUUGACACUGGUGGGAGUGUUCCAAUCUCACAAGUAAUAGGCUCUUCUUCUAAAAAUGGCCAAGUUUUCCUUGGCCCAACAAAUGCAAUUUUGUUCCAUAUUGUCAAAAGGCUGCUUUUCCGGUUGGGUUUCGAUGUGACUCAACUGCCUUUGUCUAAUAAUGUUAAUGUUUCACGGUCUAAAUGUUUAUCUAAAACUUCUUGUGGACAGAGGCACUCAAAAGAUUUGUUGAGGAAUUUCAAAACUCCUUCAUGUGUUGCUAUGAGAGAAUAUUAUUGCUAUCUGUUCCAAAUACGCACCGACGAUAUAACAAAUAUCCUUAGAACUGGUCGAGUAAUUCAGCAGUUUCAGAUUGAUACUUAUGUUAAGAUCGAGACACAAAGACUAGAGUUUUUUUUGCCAUAAUUAAUCAAAGUUUGAAAUGAGGGCGAAUCGUAUCAAGGGAUAGUUGAGAGUAUAACAUCUAAUGGUGUCAUUAGCGCAAAAUCUAUUGGUAAGCGUUUUCUUCUUCCUAAGACCUUUACAGGUGGCCAACGUGAUCUAUGUUUUCGUUACAUGAAUGCGAUGACACUUGUUAUGGCAACCAAUUAAUAUUUGUUGUAAUUAAAUAUGAACAUUUUAGUUAAAUUAAGUUAAAAUUUAUUUUGAUUUUUUGUAAUGAUGAUUACUACAAUUAAUAUAGAUAUUGAUAAAGACAUACUAGCAAAGAUUGCUGCCAAAGCUAAAGGCAAUGGGAAAAUGUACAAGGAAAGCCAUGUUGAGCAUAUCAAAGGUGAAUGAUUAUGAUGUGCUACUCUUGCUUGAAAGGAUAAUAUUAUAAUUUUGCAACUACAGAUACAAUUGGAAGCUCAUUUGAAGAUAGUCUUUCUUCCGAUGAUGAUAAACCAAUAUCAGGUAUAACAUCCACUAUUAUAAAUAGAUACUUGAUAUUGCAAAUUCAUUUAAUAAAACUAAAUUGCUUCUCCAUCACAGAAAUCUUCAGGGGUAAAAAGAAAAAUUGCUCUAUUGAUCUAUCUGAAGAUUCAAUAAAUGA